AUGAAGGAUCAGCACCUACACAAGUUCUGCGAGCAGCAGGAUGUAGGGCGUGUCUUCCGUGACCACCUUGGUGGCGAGCUGGGUAAAUCGGAAGCGCUGUCAGCCUUGUCACUCAAGGGCAGACUCCCAUCGGCACGAUUGGACUUGAAAGAUGGUCCAAAGACAAGCGAUUCACGCGUUGUGAUGGAGAUCGCCUGGAUCGCGAACAAGGUCAUAGAGAUCAUGGCGUCCUCAGAAAGUCGCCGCAUCGCCCUAGGACAUUCUCUCAAUCAGACCCAAGAGGCUCCUUCCGGCGGUGGGGCCACAGCCUGGCUACGGGAAGUCGAAGGCUCUGGAAAGAUUGAAGACGAAGAUGCACACGAUCAGGUCUCUGAAGAAACCAAGUACGACGGAAGCGAAGCCCUUUACGGUACCGCCGUGGCCAAUUUGGAGGCUUACAUGCGAGCACAUCGUGACGCCACUGAACAGCAUGACAAGAACCACGAGGUGUACCGGGAGGCCGACCGAAAACUUCCGGGGCUUCGAUCUGCGCAGACUGCGAUCAAGAGCCAGGGGGCACCUACAAUCCAUCCUGCCAACUUUGCAACCGCCACAUCGACGAUACCUACCAACAAGCACGCGCGGAGUAUCGCGAAGCGUAUCAGGAGCACGAAGCCGCCUGCAAAGCCUGCACCGUUGCCGAAUCGGAGUGGCACUUUCUACACGAGAGUUCUCUCCGUAGUAUCAAAGUCUUGGAUACAUCCACACGCGAACCGAAGAACGACCCCGCGGACGACGACGUACCAGACGUCCACGGUGCGCUCAGGCCCGACGUAUGUGUACUUUGACGACGACAGCGUCACCGAUCACCCCAAUGUUUCGGUUUCGGAGGCGGAGAAGGACAAGUGGUACAAGGACAAGGUGGCCAACACCACGGACGAAGAAUCCAAAGCCUCCCUCGCCGACGUCCUUGUCCCGAUCGAAGUCAAGGCUGACCCGAAUGACUCCGCGUUCACGUUCCCCGGCAUCACUCCCGCCAGAGAGGCCCACAAGAUCGUUCGCGAACCGGUCAAGUCACAUGGACAGGUGAACCAGUACUGCGCGGCGAUCCUGAAGAGGCAGCACAGGACCGAGCUUAUCGCGCUCUACAUCUGUCGCUACCAAGCGCGGAUCAUCGUGGUCGACCAUGGGUCCUUCAUCAUAUCCGAGCCGUUCGAAUGGGGUACGGAGGCCGACCUGACCUUGUACGAGUUCUUCUGGCGACUCGCGCUACUCUCUGGGCCCCGGGGCAAUUUAGGAGUUCUCGGCUUCGACCUCUCUGCCACACGUGUCCCCCACGACGAAGGGAAGCGCAUCAUCGAGGGGUACAUCGAGAGGGGGCUGUCGCCGACUCACCUCGAGAAUACGCCAUCAGAGUAUCGUGUCCGCGGAAAGCAGUCGAGGACCCUCAGAGGGUUUCGUGACGAGUGGGUGGCCUACAUCUCGCGCAAGAUGCGCCUCUCCAUGCCCACUUCGCAGUGGCCCUUCUACCGUCUCAGCAUAGGCGGCAAGAAUUAUCUCAUUGCGGCGCCGACGCCUUGCCACUCAUAUGAGCUCGCCCCCUCAUAUGAGCUCGCCCCCUCAUAUGAGCUCGCCCCCUCAUAUGAGCUCGCCCCCUCAUAUGAGCUCGUCGGCGUCUCACCCCUCAUAUGA